AUGCUGUCUUUUCUCUUUCUACCUUUAAAUAUUUCCAUUCUGGAUUAUUGUUUCUCUUUCAUAUUUUUCUUUACGUCCUUACUUUUCCAUUAUUCUUUCAUUCUUUUUUUUUCUCUUUUCUCUUCUCCCCCCUCACCUAUUUUAUCUUACUCUCGUUGUCUUUGCUUUCUCAUGCCCUUCUUCUGUCUUUUUCAUUUAUGUCUUUUUCUCUCUUUCUUCCCUUUUUUUUUCAUUUUCUUCAUCUCUAAAGCUAUUCAUUCUCCUUCUUCUGUUUCUUUCUUUCUUUCUUUCUUUCUUUCUUUUUCCUUCCUUCCUUCUUUGAAUCUUUCUCUUCUUUUUCCUUUCAUUCUUUGUACUUUUAUUGCUAAUUUUUCUAACGUUCGGUCUUUCUUUCUUUUGCAUUUUUCUUUCUUUCGUUCUUUCAUUCUUUCUACAUUUUCCUUUCUUUCUUUCUUUCUUUCUUUCUUUCUUCUGCAUACUUUUUUUAUUUUCUUCAAUUCUUUUUCUUUUUCUUUUUCUUUUUCCAGCAUUCUUUUUUUAGCGAUGCUCUUCUUUCCCUGUCUCUCUUUUCCUUUCUUUCUUUCUUUCUUUCUUUCUUUCUUUCUUUCUUUCUUCUGCAUACUUUUUUAUUUUCUUCAAUUCUUUUUCUUUUUCUUUUUCCAGCAUUCUUUUUUAGCGAUGCUCUUCUUUCACUGUCUCUUUUUUUCCUUUCUUUCUUUCUUUCUUUCUUUCUUUCUUUCUUUCUUUCUUUCUUUCUUUCUUCUGCAUACUUUUUUCUUUUAUUUUUUCAAUUCUUUUUCCUUUUCUUUUUCCAACAUUCUUUUCCGCGAAGCUGUUCUUUCACUCUCUCUUUUUCUUUCUUUCUUUCUUUCUUUCUUUCUUUCUUUCUUUCUUUCUUUCUUUCUUUCUUAA